AUGUCUUUCUACAUCGAGAACAAGUCAGUCGGCGAUGCCGCCAACUCUGAGGAUUGGCGCAUUCGCGGUUACAACCCCCUCACACCCCCAGAUCUCCUCCAGAGCGAGAUCCCCCAAACGCAAAAGUCGAGAGAAACCGUCCUAAAGGGCCGCAAUGAGACAGUCGAGGUCGUUCAAGGCCGUGACAAAAACGGCAGGCUUCUCGUUGUCAUCGGACCCUGCUCGAUCCACGACCCCAAAGCUGCCCUCGAAUACUGCGACCGCCUCAUAAAGCUGAAGGAGAAGCACCAGGAUGACCUCCUCAUCGUCAUGCGCUCCUACCUCGAGAAACCACGUACGACGGUUGGAUGGAAGGGUCUAAUCAAUGACCCAGACAUCGACAACACCUUCAAGAUCAAUAAGGGCCUGCGCGUUUCAAGACAGCUCUUUGUUGACUUGACUGAGAAGGGCAUGCCUCUGGCCAGCGAGAUGCUGGAUACAAUCUCUCCCCAGUUCUUGGCCGAUCUGCUCAGUGUCGGUGCCAUUGGCGCCAGGACGACCGAGUCCCAGCUUCAUCGUGAGCUUGCCUCUGGCCUGUCCUUCCCUGUGGGCUUUAAGAACGGUACAGAUGGAACCCUUGGUGUCGCUGUCGACGCCAUUGGCUCUGUCAAGCACCCUCACCACUUCCUCUCAGUCACCAAGCCUGGUGUUGUCGCCAUUGUCGGCACCGUCGGUAACGAUGACUGCUUCGUCAUUCUACGUGGCGGAAAGAAGGGCACAAAUUACGAUGAAGUCAGCAUCAAGGAGGCGCGCGCAGAUCUCGAGAAGAAGGGCCUCAACGCGCGGUUGAUGAUCGACUGCAGUCACGGCAACUCUGAGAAGGAUCACAAGAACCAACCCAAGGUUGCGCACGUUCUUGCCGAGCAGAUCGCCAAGGGCGAGACAGGCAUUAUGGGUGUUAUGAUUGAAAGUAACAUCAAUGAGGGUAAUCAGAAGGUCCCAAAGGAGGGCAAGGAGGGUCUGCAGUACGGCAUUUCCAUCACAGACGCCUGUAUUAACUGGGAAGAUACCGAGAAGGUGCUCGAGGAGCUUGCAACGGCCGUCGCAAAGAGGAGAUCGCUUCGCAAUGGCGCUUAG